AUGAGAGUUUGCAUUCCCUUCUUACCUUGCAGUGCAGCACCCACCCACCGCAACAAUGCGCGGGCUGGUUCAGUUCACCGCAAACCUCCCGCCACCAUGGCCCGCCUUGGAGGCGCGCCCGCGAACUCGCCGCUGCUUCUGCUCUUCCUCGCCACUCUGCUGCCUCUGCUCGCCGCGCCGGUUACCGCGACCUUCUUCUCCGCGCCCACCUUCCCCGACUUCUCUUUCGACGCGCUUAAGAACCUCGUGGCCGGCAAGAAGCUCCCCGCCGGGAAACUGCGCGCCAAGUCCAGCCCGCGCGUGAACAACCUGGCGCAAUCGUGCGGAUACUUCUCCGACGCGCCUUACUUCUCCAACGGGCUCACCGCGCUGCUGCCCAGCAACCUGUACAAGAAAGGCGACACGUGCGGCACGUGCUACGCCGUGGAGUGCGCGGGCGGCGACAGCUGCAAGGAGGACAACGCGACGGUGACGGUGCGCGUGGUGGGAUCCGUCGGAUGGUUCACGCUGCACCGCGGCCCCGUGCUCUCCACCCAGGCGUGGGACCGCAUCGCCAGCUCGCGCGACGGGCGCGGCGUACAGGUCAAAUUCAAGCGCACCAACUGCAAGAGCCCCAGCGGGAUGGUCGUGCGCGUGCGCACGGGGUCCAACAAGAACCGCUUCCGCCUGCAGCUGCUCGGCACUAAGGGCCCCGGUGCUGUGCGCCUUGUUGAGGUGUCGGUCGACGGCAGCAAGUGGACGGCGCUGAAGAGGGAGCGCCGCACCACCACGUGGCAGCUGCUGCACCAUAAGGAUAUUGCGCGGUCGGGAAAGCCCAUCAGUGUCCGCGUGACCGCCGACAAAACGGGGCAGAAGGUCGUCCUGGACAAGAUCAUCCCCGCUAAGUGGACUCCGUCUAACACGUACGGGCCGAGCCUCACCAAUUUCGACGAGAUGCCGGCAAGCGUGGAGUCACCCAAGUCGUCCAUCACGAAACGCACUGACGAGGCUUCUUCGACAGAGGGCGCCCCUUCGGCUAAGCCCGUUGGGGAGAAGCAAAGCUCCAGUGAGGACAUCAAGGAGCUGGCAGUCCCCAGUGCCACCCCUCAGGCUGAUUCCAAUGCCCCUGUGGAGUCGGACUCGUCAGCGUCCGGGCCUCGCAUCGCGUUUGAAGAGGACGAGGCAGAAGAGGAGUCCGAAUGGGGAGAGGAUGAGGAGGAGAAUGGUGGCAGGAGCCUCGCGGAGAAGGAAGAUGCGGCGGACGAGAUGGAGGACGGGUGGGCGCUGGGAGACGCCGGCUGGGGGGACGACGAGGCGCAGCGGGAGGCGGACGCUGAGGAGCGUGCGGAAGGCAGGAGCCUGGCGGAGGAGGGGGAGAGCGCGGCGGAAGAGAUGCAGGGGAAGAUGGCGGAGGAGGGUGAGGAGGAGGAGAGACGCAUGCUGGCUGAGGGAGACUGGGUGGAUGAAAACGAGGCGAGCGACGAGGGCGAGGAGAGCGAGGAGGGAAGGAUGCUUGCUGAGGGAGAGGAGGUGGUCGAGGACGAGGUGGACGAGGACGAUGGCAGGGUGCUGGCGGAAGUGGAGGCAGUGGGUGAGGAGGCCGGUGGAAUGGAUGACGUUGACGAGGUUGACGAGAUCUUGAUGUCCAGGAAGCUUCAGGAUGAGGAAGAAGGGAUUGAGCUUCCGCGCAAGCUGGCUGACGACAAUGAAGAGAACAAGAACGAGGAAAAGAAGGAAGUGAAGAAGCCAGGGGUUCUGAAGAGGACGGCAAAUGCGAUCAAGAACUUUUUUAAGAACCUCGGUGAUCGCAUCACUGGCAAGCGCAACAAGCCCGCCGACAACAGCCCCCGCAAGGCAGGCCCAACGGAAGCCAAGGAAUAG